AUGGUCCGUGAGAAGCGCAGCUACGACAUCACGGAACUGAGGGCGCAGAUAUACUGGGAUCUGCCGUCAGAUAUUGGACCGAUUCGCCAGCUGCUCGAGGAUUAUAGCGGCAUACAGCCUAAUGAGGUGGAUGGACAUAUCCUUGCAAUCCGCGAGAAAUUGUGGAGGAUCAAGCCCUAUGGCUGUAUCGGGCGGUUCCGGUUCCUCCAGCUAGACUUUGCCCUGGACCCCCGGUACCAGCACGCGGUCAGCCUGCUCAAGAAGAGGUUCUCGAGCACAACAUUCCUGGACCUGGGCUGCUGCGUCGGACAGGUCCUGCGACAGCUUGCACAUGAUGGCGUAGGGACGAACCGGUUGUUUGGCACCGAUGUCGAACCACGGUUCAUGGAGGUGGGCUACGAACUCUUCAACGACCGCAAGAAGCUGCGGUCCAUGUUCGUCGCGGGCGACAUAUUUGCCGAGGGCGAGAGCCCGGCGGCCGACCCGCUCCGCCUGCUCGACGGCAAGAUGACGAUUGUCCAUGCCGCCAGUUUCUUUCACCUCUUUGGCUGGGAGGAGCAGGUCCGGGCGGCCAAGCGCGUGGUUCGACUUAUGAAGCCACGGGAUCAAAACGCCUUCAUAUUCGGGCGUCAAGUCGGCUGCGAUGAUCCUAGCACUCAGCUAGAAGGGACAAGAUUCCUUCACAAUGCCGAAUCGUGGCAGCGGCUAUGGGACGUCGUGGGCGUAGAGACGGGAACUCGGUGGAGGACCGAGUUUGAUAUUAUUCCCGACGAUCCCAGUUCGGCUACCAAGGUGACCGACGACUCGAGCGAGAUGGAGGGCAUAAAUAGGGUUCGUUUUGGUGUUUACAGGGUAUAG